AUGGUGCUACAACUUAAGCUAGUCUUGACAACGUUGGUGUGUUGGAACAUAAUAGCUAGUUACAACUAUGUAGCUGGAGAUUCACAAACAAGUGUUGUACUAAACCGUGGAUGCAGCACAUAUAACGCAGCAAAUUUGCGUAAGUUCUAUGCAAACCUUAAUGGAACAUUUUCAGAUUUGAGAAAUCAAAUCAGCAAUGGAAGCAAACACUUUGCAACAGCACAAGAAGCCAGAGGAGAGGUGAUAGUAUAUUCUCUUUUUCAAUGCAGAAAUUAUCUCUCCAAAAAGGACUGUGUUGCUUGCUUCAACACUGCUUCUACUAAAAUUCGUAACUGCUCUGCUUCCAAUGGUGCUAGACUCAUCUACGAUGGCUGUUUCUUAAGGUACGAGAGUGAAAGAUUCUACGAUCAAACAAAUCAACCUGGGGGUGGUAUAUUAUGUGGGAACAAGACUGCAAAGAAAGGUACCUCUUUUGGAACAAUUGGACAAAAAGUGCUAAUGGAUCUUCAAUUAGCAACACCAAAAAUCAAAGGCUUUUUUGCAGCUACGAAGACUCUGGUGAAUCCUGGUAGUAAUAGUUCAAUUUAUGCCAUUGCACAGUGUGUUGAAACUGCCACAGAAAGUACUUGUCUCGAUUGCAUGACAGUUGGAUUCAACAACCUGCAAACUUGUCUUCCUAAUACAGAUGGUAGAGCAUAUGAUGCAGGGUGUUUUAUGAGAUACUCAGAAACACCCUUCUUUGCUGAUAAUCAGGCCAUUGAUAUCACAGCCUAUUUAAAUCAAGGUGGCUCAAGCAACAAAUGGGCCAUUAUAGGUGCUGUUGUCGGAGGUGUAGGUCUUGUUGCGAUCAUUCUUGCAAUUUUAUCUUGGCGACAAUACAGAAAACCCAAGAGAGCUCCUAGAGGUAACAUAUUGGGAGCAACUGAGUUGAAAGGUCCAGUUAACUACAAGUAUAGUGAUUUGAAAGCUGCCACAAAAAACUUCAGCGAAGAAAAUAAACUGGGAGAAGGAGGCUUUGGUGACGUAUACAAGGGUACUCUGAAAAAUGGAAAUGUUGUAGCAGUCAAGAAACUGGUUUUGGGAAAAUCCAGCAAGAUAGACAGUGAUUUUGAAAGUGAAGUAAAGCUUAUAAGCAAUGUUCAUCAUAGGAAUCUUGUUAGACUUCUUGGUUGUUGCAGUAAAAAACAAGAGAGAAUCCUUGUUUAUGAAUAUAUGGCAAACAGCAGCCUAGACAAAUUCUUAUUCGGUGACAAACAAGGUUCCCUCAAUUGGAAACAAAGGUGUGAUAUAAUUUUAGGCACAGCAAGGGGACUGGCCUAUCUACAUGAAGAAUUCCACAUUUCCAUUAUACAUAGAGAUAUAAAGACUAGCAAUAUCCUACUUGAUGAUAAUCUUCACCCCAAAAUUGCUGAUUUUGGAUUGGCGCGGCUUUUGCCGGGGGAUCGAUCUCAUCUAAGCACAGGAGUUGCAGGAACAUUGGGAUACACCGCACCUGAGUAUGCAAUUCAUGGUCAAUUAUCAGAAAAGGCUGAUACCUACAGCUAUGGUAUUGUAGUCCUAGAAAUCAUAAGUGGUCAAAAGAGCACACAAGUAAAGGAAGAUGGUGAUGGUGAAUACCUUCUUCAAAAAUCAUGGAAACUGCAUGAGAGAGGCAUGCACUUGGAGCUCAUGGACAAGGCUUUAGACCCUAAUGACUACGAUAGAGAAGAAGUGAAGAAAAUGAUAGAGAUUGCUUUACUAUGCACUCAAGCAUCAGCAGGAAUGAGACCAACAAUGUCUGAAGUAGUAGUUCUCCUUCAAACCAGGAGUUUAGUGGAGCACCUACAACCAACUAUGCCUGUGUUUGUAGAUACGAGUCUUAGGUCUCGUGAAGAACACUCUACCUCAACUGGUUCUUCUACAUCUAAUGCCACUGCCUCCUUUUCAGUUUUAUCAGCUCGAUGA